AUGUCUGAUGUGCAAAUGAUACAGCAACAAUCUAAAACUGCAAAAUAUGUGGAAAAUAUCAAACUAUGGUGUGCAGCUUCUGGAUACACAUUCACUGAUUAUUACCUUGCUUGGCUGAAACAUGUUCCUGGAAAACCCCCUCUUUACAUUGGCAAUAUUUUACCAGAUUCUGGUAGCACUUGGUACCCUCUCUCAUUUAGAGGUGGGAAAUUCACUAUAACAACAGAUAAUGCAAAGAGCACGGGGUACCUUCAAAUAAAUAAUGUUGAUUUGGAAGACGCUGCUGUGUAUUACUGUGCUAGAGGUUGGGUUGUUUCUGGAUGUGAUCAAACUGAUGCUCUAACAUUUGGAAAUGGAACAAAACUCGUUGUGGAACCCGAUGAAAAUACGCCAGCUCAGACCCCAUCAGUGUUUGCACUGAAGCCUCAACAAGGUGACUCUCCUGUUGCCUGUCUGGCGAAAGAUUUCUUCCCGAAGAAAUUGGACAUCUACAUGAAUUCCACCCUGGGCAAUUCUAAUACUUCAAGUCCCUCCACAGUUCUCUCUCUGAAUGGCAAUUACAGCGCUGUAUAUGUGGACAGGUUGGGGAUAGAGAAGCUGCAGUGCCUAGCCAAGCAUCAAGAAGAAUGGGUGCCAGACAAAGAUGCCUCUUCUGGUGAUACAGGGAUCAAUCCUGAUCCAAAAGAAACAAGCCCUAUUACAGACCAAGAGGUAAAAUGUGAGCAACCCGCAACAGAACCAGCAACAACACCCGCAACACCUGCUCUGAGCAACGAGAGGAUAAACAUUCUGUCUGUGACUGUGCUGGGGAUGAGGCUGCUUUUCGCAAAAACAAUGGCUUUCAAUCUGCUUCUAACGGCUAAAUUCUUUUUGCUGUAAGAUUCACAGCAUGAGCAGUCAGUCACCUGUGAAAGAUAACCAGAAGUCCUGACUGACCGAAAUUGACUUCUGCAUAUUGGCUCCCAUAGAUGUUCCUUUGCUUAACCUACAUGUAAAUUGCUGUAUUCAUUAUUAAUAUAGCUCUAUAAUCUAGAAUAUGAUAUGUUUGCACAGAGAAGAUAUUUAGUAUGCAUCCACUUCACCAACCAACUGUUGAUUUUUUUCUUGAAUAGUUGCAUAAGCUUUCUUUAAUUUACUAAAGCAGUACUACAGCUGUGGAACAGUUUGGAUUCAAAGAAGUCUGUGGGGCAAUAAAAUGUCUUAGAACAGUAUUUCCCAUUCUCUGGAGCAGGUCCCCUUUUGAGGCCCUGAAUCAGUGAUUGGGGGACCCAACCUUUUUUUAAUCUGAAAAAUGCAUAUUAGUUUUCUUAGAUACUCCUGGAAGUACAGUUUCUAGGUUGAUUAGGGUAAAAUAUGGGAUAAGGACAUAUUUACGAUCCUAUUCUUGAAAUCAUGGCUUAAUGAUUAGAAUAAUGAUUUUGUUACAAAUUAAGGAGGGCCCCAAACCUCUGCCUUAAAGGGAUACAGUUCCCCCCACCUUUGCUGUCAGACUAUAAACUGAUAGUCCAAACAAAAUUAAAUAUUUUAUAACAAAUGAUACCUGUACAGAUGCAUCAUAACAGUAAAUAGUGUUAACCCAUAAUCAUUGCCACAAGGUGGGCUUCAGGGUUUGACCAAAAUAUCAGAUGAACUCAAACUAACACUUGUCAAUAGACUUAUCUUCCACAGUGACCCUUCCUGACAUAGGAACCACACUGACGCUUUUAUAGGUUUUUAUAUUCUAAAUGAUAACUAAACGUGCUGUGUAACUAUGUUUUUGCAACUCUCAAAUAAUAAUAAACUGAAU